AUGACGUUCAGCAUUCCACCACUUCCCUGGGGUUAUGAUGGACUUGCCAGCAAAGGCAUCUCAAAGGAACAGGUAACAUUCCACUACGAUAAACACCAUCAGGGAUACGUCACGAAGCUCAACGCCGCCGCGCAGUCAAACGCCGCACUGCGGCGCAAGUCAGUGGAGGAGAUCAUCAAAACAGAGAAAGGCCCCGUGUUUAACCUCGCCGCGCAGAUCUUCAAUCACACAUUCUACUGGGAAAGCAUGUGCCCCAACGGCGGUGGUGAGCCGAAGGGAAAACUCGCAGAGGAGAUCAACGCCUCCUUUGGCAGCUUUGCAAAGUUCAAGGAGGAAUUCACAAACGCGGCGGUGGGGCACUUCGGCUCCGGCUGGGCGUGGCUCGUAAAGGACACCGCAUCGGGGAAGUUGAAGGUCUAUCAAACACACGAUGCCGGCUGUCCACUCACGGAGCCACACUUGAAGCCACUGAUCGCCUGCGAUGUGUGGGAACAUGCAUACUACAUUGACUAUAAGAACGACCGCGCCGCGUAUGUGCAGACCUUCUGGAAUGUGGUGAACUGGAAACAUGCGGAGAAACUUCUGAAGAAGACGGAGACACCGUACUUGCGUAGCGAUUUGUAA